GGCAGUGUGCAGCUGAGCAGCUCAGCGCAGAGGCGAGAACUGGGCUUGGGAAGCGGGAAGAAGAGCUGGGGCUGAGCAAAGAGGGGGAUGGCGUGGAAAGAAGUGUGGGAGAGGUCCUGAAGAUUGGAGGUUGUCAGGGGUGGGGAGACCUUGAGAAGUGCCCGGGAGCUUCUCCUUUCCCCCUCUCCUCCCCACUGAUUCCUUCGUAAGGUCAUCUGGCUUUUUGGAGAAAGCGUGCCCGGUGAGAGGGGAAUAGUCCUUUCUGGGGGGUGUAUCAAAUGUCCUUCCCCCUCCCAGCAUAAAUGUAUAUUUUUGUGUGUGUAUAACAAUGGUAAGCUCUGUUGCCUUCCUCCACUUUUUUUUUUACUAAAUAGCUUUGUAAAACGAUUCUCCUGUUCUCCCCUUUUAUGAUGACAGAAUAAAAGGGGAGAAGCUAUUUUUUUCUAAGCCUCGGGAUUGAAAACAUUUGGGCUAAACCGGCAAAGGGGUGCCUUAAUAAAAGUACUUUAUUUCUGCUUGCUGCUAAUUGAAGUGUAGGAGGGUGUCCCUGCAUUCACUGUCCAAACUCAACUUUUUUUUUCUCUUUCUCUUUCAUUCCUGAGUGUCUCCUAAAUAGAUCAAUAUAUUGUUUAAUUUCUAAUUGAAGUUCUUUCCUUCUCCUUUCUCUGAAGUUUUGGGGAAGCAGGCUUCUAAAAAAAAUCUUAAAGGGAAGGGAAAGAGUUUACCAAAACAAUAUGUUUUGUGGUCAGCUAGUUUGAUCAGAUUCUUACAAGUUGGACAGCUUCCUAGUUAAAUAUUUAAACUCCUUAUCUAGAGGGGGAUUUAUCAUGCCAAAAACAAGAUUUUCUACAUAUGUUUUUGAAGAAGCACCUGUUUUUCUAAGAAAAGCCUAUUUUCAAACUUAUUAACCCUAGUGUUAUACCAAACCUGUAAUGAGUCAGACAGGUCUGUGUUCAUUCCCCUAGAAUUUGGAUGACAUUUUUCAGAAAAGUUGAAAUACGUGCAUACCUGUAUUUCUCCUCUUGUUUCAUUUCCUUGGCACAAAGGUUUCUUGCUCAAUAAAAGAGCAAUUAACUCUGGAAAAUGCUUAAGAAGCUCUAGUGAGGAAGCAAGUUUUCUGGUGAAAGAAAGUUGCAUUGGCUGCCCAGCUGACUCAAGGAAAAUCUGUGCUAAUGGAAAGGUUUUAAAUCCUGCUUUUCAAAUCUAGGGUGCUGGGAGGAGUGGUGAAAAAGGAGGCUAAGUAGUGGUGGGUUGGAAGCAGCUGCUUGACAGAUAUAAAGCACAACUGUAAAGCUGGGGUUCCAUGACAAGAUGAACCUGGUACUGAAGCCUUGUCGAGAAGGUUCCGAGGCCAUCCUCCAUGGGGAGUUUGGAGCCUACCCUCAUAAGGGACUCCGCUAUGCCCUCAGCCUCACUCACACCGAAUUGCAUAUUCAGCGGCUAGUACCCAAGCCAGAUACUGAUCAACGGACUGUGAUACGGCUGAUAGAUGUGGUGGGUUGCCACACAUUGCGAAGCCAUACAGUAGCAAACCAGUCAGCAUUCUUCUGCAUCUAUGCCUACCCACUGAAGAAAAAAAAGGUAGCAGUGGGCUCAGGAAGGGCCCGGCAACGGAUUGCAAAGACAUUUCAAGUGGAUGGAGCAGAGCGCUACAAGGACAACCAGGCUCUGGCCGACAAAUGGGCAGCUGCCAUCAAGUGCCUAGUGCUGGGAAUUCCAAUUUCCAGUGAAACAGAGAUUAGCCGUAAUCUACUGCCACGUUCCCGCCGCCUUCUCCUCUUGCUCAACCCCUUUGGAGGCAAAGGUAACGCACUGCAGUGGUGUCAGAGUCACAUCCUUCCCAUGAUUACCGAGGCAGAUGUCAGCUUCAACUUGAUCCAAACAGAGAGACAGAACCAUGCCCGGGAGCUGGUGCAGAGCAUCUCUUUAGAUGAAUGGGAUGGCAUUGUGGCCAUUUCAGGAGACGGACUCCUUCAUGAGGUUAUUAACGGUUUGAUGGAACGUCCUGACUGGGAGGAAGCAAUUAAAAUGCCUCUUGGAAUUCUUCCCUGCGGAUCUGGGAAUGCUGUGGCAGCUGCUAUUAAUUGUAGUGCUGGGUUUGAGCAAGUCUUGGGCCAGGAGCUGCUGACAAACUGCACCCUUCUGCUCUGCCAUGGGGCAGUUUCUCCCUUGGACCUGGUCUCCGUCACCACCACAUCAGGCGCCCGUGUCUUCUCUAUCCUGAGUGUGGCCUGGGGCUUCAUUUCAGAUGUAGACAUCGAAAGUGAGAAGUAUCGGCACAUGGGCCCAGUUCGGUUCACUUUUGGGACUAUGGUUCGCCUAGUUUCCCUCAACACUUACCGGGGUCGACUCUCUUACCUUCCUGCUAUUGGUUGUGCAACUCAUCGGCCAAUUUUGCGCAGUAUCACCGUAGCCGCCAAUGGGAGCCUUCCCUUCCAACGCCUGCCCCUCCACCGCACAGUCUCCGAUAUGGGCCUUUGUGAGGAGCGCCAAGCCUUCUGCUAUCAUGAGAUGGAGUCAGCUGAGGAGCCCACUCCCUCACCCAGCUCCCCGCCUUCUUCUUCCAGCUUCCAAGCAUCCAACUUCAGUUUUGAAACCCUAUCAGAAGUGACGGUAGACAAGGAGUCCCAGCCUACUGAUCUACCCAAAGUUCUACCAAACCGGUUGCCUUCUGUCCGGCAAAUGCACGGCCCUUUGGAUGACUUUCUGGCCCCGCUUGGACAACCGGUGCCCAAGUCCUGGGUGACAGUGGAAGAUGAUUUUGUGCUGGUGUUGGCCAUUUACCAGACUCACUUAGGGGCAGAUCUCUUCACCAUGCCCAACGCUGGCUUUAAUGAUGGUCUUAUCCAUCUUUGCUUCGUCAGGGCAGGCAUCUCCCGUGCAACCAUGAUUCGCCUCUUCUUAGCUAUGGAGAAAGGCACUCAUUUGGACCAUGAGAAUCCUUAUUUUACGCACCUCCCUGUCCGAGCUUUCCGCAUAGAGCCUCUCACUCAAAAGGGAAUCAUCACCAUUGAUGGGGAAAGGGUGGAAUAUGGACCCAUUCAGGGACAGAUCCAUCACGGGAUUGCCAACUUAGUUACUGGGAUCAACCAGUCUAAGCUGACUACCUUCUGAUGGGUUGUGUUAAUUCUCUUACAGAGACUUAACAAUUCUAAUUAGACACGUGUUUUCCUUCUAGCUGUUCUCCAACCACUAGAGGGCAAGCUGCUUAAAGUGACUUAAAAUUACCCUUCUAGGCAUUUGAGCGCACAUAUCGGAUAUCCUAAUUAAUGCAUCUAGAGUGAUUUAACCAUUGCUUUCCAAGAGAUGCAAUAAUCUGAAGGAUGACUUCCUUCUUUCAAUUCAACACCUGGACAGGCCACCUCAAGAUUUUCCAUCACUCAGAAGCUACUGGGCUCCAAGUCUGUUGGUUUGAGUGAUGUGGAACACAAAUGUAGAACCCUUAUAUGUAUUUUUAAUGCCUCAAUUUUCCACCUGGGGUUUCCAUCAUUCCACCCAGCAUUUCUUUCUUUCAUACUUUUCCAACCCUAAGUUAGCUCUUCCUGUAGGGCUUAGAGGCACCUUGGCAAUAGCCUUUCUCACUAUUGAAGGUUGGAGACAGAGAGCAGCCAUCUAUCUGCCCUAUAUUUUUGCCAGUCCCUUAAAAAUCCUGGUUUAUUUAAAGCUGUAGGGCCAGGAUGGUUGUUUAGCUCAAGAAGUCCCAGAAGAAUUGAACACUAAAGCUCCCUCUGUCCUUUAGUCCUUGGAACUGAAAUUAGCCUGGUUUUUUCAGCACUUGAUUUAAAACACUGGAUUUUGCAUUUAAGUAAAACUUUAGGUUCCACUGGUGAAACGGAAUUCUCCUGUCCCAUUUCUCCAAAUGGCCAGUCAGUCUCCUUCCUAUUCCAAGGUCUUAUCCACCUUUUGCUCACAUUUUAUAAGACCUAGUGGAUGGGGACUGAGCAAGGCAGGCUCAUUUACUGUAGAGGCCCUGAUGGUUGCACUUUUGACAUGCACUCUUGAUAAGCUACCUAUCCUCCGUAUAAACUGGAGUUGGGAAACUUAGGUCCCUCCAAAUAUUGGUGGACUACAAACCCAUCCCUAAUUGCUGGUCAUAUGGGCUGGGGCAAAUGGACAAUAUUUGAAGACCACAGUUUCCCCCUGGCUUCCCAGCCUAAAUGCAGGUCGGGGAAUGCACCUGAAACUGGACGUUGAAUGUACCAGAUGGCUUGCUAAACACUGUUUGUUGGAGUGUUUUGUUCUCUGUUUUGUUCAGAGAGGUUAAUUAAGGCCAAUUGUUUUGUCUUCUCUCCUGGUUUAUAGGGGGUUGCGCUUGGGUGGUCCUGUUAUUCUUCUCUCCAUGGAUGACCAAAGCCAUAUAAGGAAAGGAAGAGUACCCUGUUUUCUGAAACCUACAAUUGUUGAUUUCUAAUCAGCUUAUGGUAUGCUAGAGGGAGCUUGAAGUACUAUCUCUCUUUCAUAUCAUGACUUGAAGGUGGCUUCAUUUGAGGAAUACACUGGAUGAAUGUAACUGGAUUUUUCUUGUGGGAAGAAUUGUGCUAAGGUGGCUGCUUUUCCCCUCCCCACCAUGUGGGGGCUAACAAGAAAUUAAAGGAUCCAAAAACUGUAAUAGAUAAGUGUCUGCAUAUGAGGCAACGCGUAUAAUGUGUGUUUUCCCUCUCUCUUUCUCUGUUGUAACUAAUUUCAAACCAGGAGAUCAAGUUGGUUAACAUCUCCCUUGUCCAACUUUUCCCAAGUUCAUACAAUGAUAAUUCCUAAAGCAAGUAAUUGCUUAAGACUGGAUCUUGACUGGCUUCAGGUUCUAUGCCAAGUUUAGUAGAAACUGGCUGAUCUCAAAAAGCUGAGCAGGAGUGCCUGAUUAAUACUUUAGUAAGAGGCCACCUUGGAAAGCCAAAACUGUAGGAAAGCUGGAAAAAUAUCCUGAACCUGGGAGAAAAACAGCAAACUACUUCUAUAAUGUUUCCAAGAAGACUGCGUGGACAUAAAUACACCCGGAGUCAACCUUUGUCCUUCAUUGAUUUGAGCGUGGGUUAUUCUGUAAACAUUGGGAAAGAGAAAUGUGAAGGCAUGAGACUUUCUCCUUCUCCUUUUUGGACAUCUACCAUACAAAUUCAGACGUGUCCUAUGGCUCUGGCCUUUCUCGGCUCUGUCAUCAAGGUCCAAACUGGAAGAAAGCAUGUAAGUGAAUGAACGGGCAAAAAAGACGACGGAGUAAAGAGAAAGGGCAGUUACGAAAGCACAGAAUCUGGCCCAUAAAAAGAAGGGGACAAGGCUAGAAGCUGAUACCUUGGGAUAUAUUUCAUUAACCAAAUCAUAGAAGCUUAGGCAUUUAGGCCUCUCGAGUUCAAUCCUUCCAUCGUGCAAAAAAAAAUAUAUCUAAAUUAAAACAUCCCAGAUAGGAAGCUAUGUACGGUCCAGUUGAAAGUAUCUAGCAAAGAAUAGCCAUCAACUUCCUUACUCUCCCACUACCACCAUGGAGUAAUCAUAGUGUGACUUUGUACUUUCCUCAGUUACAAGCAUCCUGAUACUGCUGGGUUUAUAGCAAGGAGGAGCAGAAAGUAGAUUUGGAUCCAUUGAUCAAAGGUAGAUUGUGGGAGGGGUGUCUUUGUUAAACAUCAGCAGCAGCAGGAGGAGGAACAAAAUUACAACUUCCCUUCCUUAAUUUUAGGAAGUGCUUGCUGGAAGUGAAGCAAACCUAGCAAAAUAUGGAGUUUCCGGGUGGGGAGUGACCCAUACAUGUAGUCCUGGACUUAGGACUGUAAAUGACCCCUCAAUUUCAGUUGUAAUAGUCAUAAAUUGGAUUACCACACGAUCACAAUC